AUGCCGUCGAUUGCCAACGCUAGCGACAAUGGCGAGUUGAAGCAGAGGCAGCCGGAGCAGGAGCUGGUCUGCGUCACGGGGGGCGGAGGCUUCAUCGGCUCCUGGGUCGUGAAGGAGCUCCUCCUCCGUGGCUACCGCGUCAGGGGAACCGCCCGAGAUCCUGCUGACCGCAAGAACGCGCACCUGCUGGCUCUGGAGGGCGCCGAGGAGAGGCUUACCUUUUUCCGCGCCGACGUCCUCGACUACGACGGCCUUCACGCCGCCUUCCGUGGCUGCGACGGCGUCUUUCACAUCGCCUCGCAUGUCUCCAACGACCCGUCAGACCUCGUGCCGGUCGCCGUUGAGGCAACCAGAAACGUGAUCAGAGCUGCAGCGGACGCUGGCGUGCACCGUGUGGUGUUCACUUCGUCCUACGGCGCCGUGCACAUGGACCCCAACCGCGGCCCGGACGCCGUGCUCGACGAGACGUGCUGGAGCGACUACGAGUACUGCAAAAACACAGGGAACCUGUACUGCUGCGCCAAGAUGAUGACGGAGAUAACGGCGACGGAGGAGGCGGCCAAGAGGGGCCUAGAGCUGGCAGUGGUGGUGCCGUCUAUGACCAUGGGCCCCAUGCUUCAGCAGGCGCUCAACUUCAGCAGCAGCCACGUCGCUCGCUACCUCACCGGCGCCAAACCCACCUACCCUAACGCCAUCGCCGCCUACACCGACGUCCGUGACGUCGCCCGGGCCCAUGUCCUUGUCUACGAGCACCCCGAUGCACACGGCCGGUACCUCUGCAUCGGCGCCGUGCUGUACCGUGCGCACUUCCUCCAGCUCCUCGGUGACCUCUUCCUGCAGUACCACAUAACCGCCAAUUGCGACGAUGACGGCAAGCCCAUGGCGAAUCCGUACAAAUUCUCAAACCUGAGGCUGAGGGAGCUGGGGUUGGAGUUCACUCCGCUGAGGCAAAGCUUGUACGAGACAGUGACAUGUUUGCAGAAAAAGGGCUACCUGCCUCUUCCCAUUGUUCCCAUAGCACAAAAGGCGCAUAGUUGUAAGUUGUAA